AUGAGACAAGGCCUGGCGGCGCUGGCUGCGGCGGUCGGCGCAGAGGACGCGCGCCUCGCGUCGCAGCUGCCGCGCCACGACACCUCGGGGUGGCGCGUGUCCGUGAUAGUGCCGGUUUUGAACGAGGCCAAGGGCAUCCAGGAGGCGAUCGCGGCGCUGCAGCAGCUGCAGCCCCCGCCGUUUGAGAUCAUAGUCGUUGACGGCGGCAGCACCGACAAGUGA